UCAAAAUGUCAUUUGAUAGCGAAAAAUGCUUGUUUAUUUUCUGUUGAAAAUUUAGAGGAAAAUAAUUGUAAAACAGAGUUUUUAACUAUCAAAGAAUAACACCAUCAUACCUAAAUUAUAAAUUAUUAAAAGUACUGCCUCCAGAUAUAGUACUUCAACAGUACAUUGGAGUGAAUUUUUCAAUGUUUUACGUGGAAUGUUUCACUUCAAAAAGUGCAAAAUAAUGUGUUUAUCAUUAAUUUAACUUUAUAAAUAGUUAAUAAACAUCGUAAAAAGCGUUUUGCGCGCUACUAGCUUUAUUUGUAUGUGAUUUGUGAAGAGAAGUUAGGAUAAGUGAAGAAGUGUUGUGACAUUUAUCUUGGUAUAUUGAAGCCAGUUGGGGAGCCAUCAUGUCUAUGCCACAUAGCAGUUCGAGUACCACGAGCUCUAGCACCAAGCGGAAGGAAAUAUACAAGUAUCAAGCGCCAUGGCCUCUGUACUCCAUGAACUGGUCGGUGCGACCAGAUAAGCGGUUCAGGCUGGCCCUAGGCAGCUUCGUUGAAGAAUAUAACAACAAGGUACAAAUAAUCUCACUAGACGAGGAGACAAGUGAGUUCAGUGCCAAGAGCACAUUUGACCAUCCAUACCCGACAACUAAGAUCAUGUGGAUCCCCGACAGUAAAGGCGUCUACCCUGACCUGCUGGCUACUAGUGGCGACUACCUCCGCAUCUGGCGCGCCGGCGAGCCGUACACCCUGUUUGAGUGUGUCCUCAAUAACAACAAGAACUCAGACUUCUGCGCCCCGCUUACAUCCUUUGACUGGAACGAGGUAGACCCCAACCUCAUCGGCACGAGCAGCAUCGACACCACAUGCACCAUCUGGGGGCUGGAGACUGGGCAGGUGCUCGGACGGGUCAACGAAGUCUCCGGACAUGUUAAGACUCAGCUCAUUGCUCACGAUAAGGAGGUGUACGACAUAGCGUUCUCGCGCGCGGGCGGCGGGCGCGACAUGUUUGCGUCGGUCGGCGCCGACGGCUCCGUGCGAAUGUUCGACCUGAGGCACCUCGAGCACUCCACCAUCAUAUACGAGGACCCGGCGCACACGCCUCUGCUCCGCCUGGCGUGGAACAAGCAGGACCCCAACUACCUGGCCACGGUGGCCAUGGACGCCUGCGAGGUUAUCAUCCUGGACGUGCGUGUGCCGUGUACCCCGGUGGCCAGGCUCAAUAACCACCGCGCCUGCGUCAACGGCAUCGCCUGGGCGCCGCACAGCUCGUGUCACAUCUGCACGGCGGGCGACGACCACCAGGCGCUCAUCUGGGACAUCCAGCAGAUGCCGCGCGCCAUCGAGGACCCCAUUCUGGCCUACACGGCCGCCGAGGGCGAGGUCAACCAGAUACAGUGGGGCGCCACGCAGCCCGACUGGAUCGCCAUAUGUUACAACAGGCACACCGAGAUCCUGCGCGUUUAGGCCGAUACUGCAGGCAUCAAUAGUAACCCUGACAGAGUUGAUGUGGUCAUUGACCUCACAAACUACAUGAGAAAAGAGAAGAGUGCAGCGCGCUUAGCACCGUAAGCACGCGACUCUUUCUCGCCGCGACAGAGAUCAUCUGUCUCUUUCUGUGCAGUACUGUGUGAGAGAGAUGGGUGACGUAUGUCGAGGCGAGAAAGAGUCGCGCGCUUACGGUGCUAAGCCCGCAGGUAUAAGCCCCCUAAAGGCUCUAUUAGGGAUAAACUACAUCUCACAUCGCCUCACCGCACACUUUCCUAUGCUGCUAUGCUUUUCUGGCACUCAGAACCCGUCAUUUGCUAGAGCGAGAGAGAGCGACCUCACGCGGCAGAAUCGACGAGGACAGUUCUGAGUAACAGAAGAAGAUAGAACCAUAGAAAAGUGCUGUGAGGUGCUGUCAGCGGGCUUAGCACCGUAAGCACGCGACUCUAUCUCGCCGCGACAGAGAUCAUCUGUCUCUUUCUGUGCAGUACUGUGAGAGAGUGACGGGUGACGUAUGUCGAGGCGAGAAAGAGUCGCGCGGUUACGGUGCUAAGCCGCAGAGGUGGUUCGACCCUUAGGGAUGUACAUCUCGUCGCAUCGCAUCGCAAUUUCCUAUGCUGCUAUCCUUUUUUUGUCACUCAUAAUCGUCAUUUGCUAGAGCGAGAUAAUGCGACCGCACGCGGAACCGACGAGGCGGUCGGAGGUCGCACUCCCGUUGUUUAUUUCGCUGUAGCAUGUGACGGGAUUGUGACGUCACAGAGCUGUCAAAUUUUAAGUUUUAAGUCCGCCGGAAACGGCGAAUUCGAUUCCGAUAAACAUUUUCUUUGUAUUUUAACUACUGUCAUUCUUAAACUCGCACAAUCGUUCCAUUCAAGAAGAAUUCCAAGUUUAAAACCUUUUUAAUUUGUAUUCCAGAUAUCUUUUUCUUUCUUUAACCUGUCUUGUGUAUUAUUUUUAUCUAUAUACCUCUAAAGCACCCGU